AUGAAUGGAGAUAAGAAACUUUUAUCUUGCGUAAAAGUUGGUGGACGGAGGGUUAUUAAAAAAUCUUUAUCUUCUUCUAAUACAUUAUUAAACAAUAUUUUAGAAAAUAAUAAAGACAUUUUUACUAAAUCAGUAGUAGAUGAACUAUCAAUAGAAAGAAACAAUAAAAUUUAUAAAUAUAAAAAAAAUAUAAAAUUAGUAUUUGAUAAAAAUAAAAAACCUAUAGGAUUUUUUGUAUCUGGAUUUCCAGAAAUAAAAAAUAAAAUUGUAACUGAUGUACCUUUAGAUUUUGAAAAGGCGGUAGAAAAUCUUAAUUUGGAUUUUGUAGAGAAGAAUCCUGAACUUGAGAAAUAUCUUGGUAUUGAAUAA